AUGGCAAAGUUUGAGGAAGGAACUGAAAGCGAAAUUGCCCACUACUACAAUGACAUUGAAACGAUGAGACUUGUGAACGCUAUGGCGAACAUAAUUGGGAUUCCAGUGGAAGAGGUAUGGGAAGCUUACGGCGGCUUUCUUAUUCAGUUUACAAUGGAAACAGGCUGGGAUGAGUUACUGCGUGCUAUGGCAAGAGAUUUGGAAGUAGGUGGAUACUCUACAACUUGCACUGUGACAUUUUGA